CAGGUUGGUGUAAAGCUUUUACUGAUAAAUGAUUCGAAACUUCACUUAUUAAAAGACAAUUCGGAUAUUGGAAUUCAAGAUGUUACUGAAUGAUUCAGAGCAUUAUGUUGACCUGGAGAACACAGGGGUGUCUCUUAUCGCGCUCAUCGAGAGUAGUAAAGCUGAAGAUGCCCUGAAGGGAGUACGAAAGAAACAGCAGGCACUUUUUGACCAUCACAUAGAGACUAAGAAAAUGGUCACAGAGCUUUUAAACAGUUUGGUGCACACUGAGGAAGUUGUUGGACAGAAGCUUUUGGACCUGGAGGGUCAGAAGAGCCAGAUGUAUCGGGAGUUGGAGAAGGUGGAGCAGGAGGUCCAGCAGAGCCUGUCCAAAAGCCACAUUUUGGACUCAGAGAUACAAUUCCUACAGAGAGAGUUAGAGAAACUCAAAGAUGGUGAGAAGGAAAUUCAAGCUCUGCAACAGGAAGUAGAUGAAGACACAACCGAAGUAAUUCCCUCAGCCAUAUAUUUAGCACAGCUCUACUGUAAGGUUACCAGAAUUAAACUGGAGCUGGGUACAGAGCCUCACAUAUUGCGUGGAGCUCAUUAUGGCCAAGAUUUGGCAACUCCCAUUAACAUAGACACAUCUAGCUGCUCCCCAUGUGAGGUCAGUGAUGAACUCUGGAAUCUCGUCAGCACGGACUGGUAGAAAGCUGUUGUUCAAGUUUGAGUUAAUCUUGACUGUCUCUUGUCUUUUUUUAAUAUAUCUUUUCUUAUGUUCUUAUUAUUAAAUAUGUCCUACAGAAUGAACAAAAAUCUAGUGUACUGCAUAGUUACUAAGCAUGCAAAGUAUAUAUUUUAUACUAUUUUUAAAUUACAAGUACAUUAACUCUUGUGUGUGAAUAUUUCACUUUCAUUUGUUUCUUUUUACUUUUUGUAAUUGGUGACUAUUUAACAGUUAGCAGUGUUGCAUUGUUUAUGUCCACUAAGUGACAAUAUAAGAAAAUAAUCAGGCUGGUGUGAUGCGAAACCACUGUUGUUAAAGUUGAUUUGUGUUAAUUUUUUUCUAAAACAUUUCACUAAAUGUUUUAUUCCUUUGAUUCAGCAAUUCAUUAAAUACAUUUUUUUUAUUACAA